AUGGGCUGGAGGGUGAGCGUAGCUUGCCUGGGAAAUGAACUCUGCGCCGUUCCCCCGGAUCAUUGCCACUUGAUAAAAGACAAGAGGGAGACCAUGAUUCAGGUUGACAAGGCUUCCUCCGGAGUCGGUGAACUGACUGAGCCAGAAGAGCUAUCAUCAAAUUCUCAUACAUUCAAGACCAAAACCUUCAAGAAGGCCAAAGUCUGUAACAUCUGCAAGCAAGUAAUUGACCACCAAGGCAAUUUCUGCAGAGUUUGCAAAUAUGCUUGCCACAAGAAAUGUGAAUCAAAGGUGGUGACGCCCUGCUUCCUGCCGGUCAACUAUCCAUUGCUCGAUCGCUCGGACUCUUUUGUGAACCAUGUAACCAGAACAACUUCCAGCAGUUUUUUGAAAAGCUCAUCUUUCUGUUGUGACAAACUCUCCGAAAGUGCCGACUUCAAUCACAUGAUGGAGGAAGGUUAUGAACUGGACCUGACUUACAUAACGGAGCGGAUCAUCGCUCUCUCCUUCCCAGCCAGCUGCUCAGAGGAGACCUACUUACACAACCUCCAGGAUGUAACACGGAUGCUUAAAUCCAAACAUGGGGACAAUUACCUGGUGUUAAAUCUCUCAGAAAAAAGGUUUGACCUUGCCAAACUCAACCCAAAGAUAAUGGACGUAGGCUGGCCCGACCUGCAUGCUCCGCCACUGAAUAAAGUGUGCACGAUCUGCAAGGCCAUGGAAUCCUGGCUGAACAGCAAUUCACAGCACGUCGUCGUGAUCCAUUGCCAGGGUGGAAAAGGAAGAAUCGGAGUAGUGAUAUCAUCAUACAUGCAUUUCACAAAUGUGUCUGCAAGUGCGGAUCAAGCCCUAGACAGGUUUGCUAUGAAGAAAUUCUUUGAUGAUAAGGUUUCUGCUUUGAUGCAACCGUCACAGAAAAGGUAUGUGCAGUUUUUGAGUGGCCUUCUCUCUGGAUCCGUAAAAAUGAACACCACCCCCCUCUUCCUACACUACGUCAUCCUGCAUGGAACCCCAAGCUUUGACGCUGGCGGAGUUUGUCGGCCAUUUCUGAAGUUGUACCAAGCCAUGCAGCCGGUUUAUACAUCAGGAGUAUAUAGUGUGGGGCUGGAGAACCAAAGCAGAGUCUGCAUUGCUAUUGAACCAGCCCAGCUUCUGAAGGGAGAUGUUAUGCUGAAGUGCUACCACAAGAAAUACCGAUCAGCCACCCGCAACAUCGUUUUCCGCCUGCAGUUCCACACGGGUGCCGUUCAGGGCUAUGGUCUGGUGUAUGGCAAAGAGGACUUGGACAACGCAAACAAAGAUGACCGGUUCCCUGACUAUGGAAAAGUUGAGCUGGUGUUUUCAGGAUCCCCAGAGAAAAUCCAAGGGUGUGAACACCUGCAGAAUGACCAGGGGGUGAUAGUGGACUACAACACCGCCGAUCCCUUGAUUCGCUGGGAUUCUUAUGAAAACUUGAGCCCUGAUGGCGAAGUUUUGCAUACCCAGGGUCCCAUUGAUGGAAGCCUAUAUGCCAAAGUGAGGAAGAAGAGCUCCUUGGAUACCAGCAUUCCCAGUGGAACCCCAGGGGCCGUAACCAGUAGCCCUGACCACAGCGACCACACCCUGUCUGUUAGCAGUGACUCGGGACAUUCCACUGCUUCUAUAAGGACAGACAAAACUGAAGAGCGCCCCUCUCCAGGAACCAAGAGACUUUUGAGCCCCCAAGAGAAAGAGGAGUUGGAUCAGUUACUCAGCGGCUUUGGCCUGGAGGACUCGGUUGGUUCCCUCAAGGAUAUGACCGAUGCCCCAAGCAAGUAUAGUGGGACUCGCCACAUCGUGCCGGCCCAAGUACAUGUGAAUGGAGAUGCCAAGCACAAGGACAGGGAAACGGACAUCCUGGAUGAUGAGCUACCCAGCCACGACCUCCACAGCGUGGACAGCAUUGGGACAUUGUCUUCUUCUGAAGGGCAGCAUUCUAACCACCUCGGGAACUUCAGCUGCCACAAGAGCAGUCAGAAUUCCCUUCUGUCGGACGGGUUUGGGAGUAACACCGGCGAGGAGCACCAUGGCGCUCUGGCUCCAGAUCUUGGAAUUAGCGUGGACCCCAUGUAUGAGAGGUCCUUUGGAAACGCCGAGCCAAAGCAGUCUCAGCAGCCGCCAAGGAAUCCUCCGGUUUCUGCCCAGCCGCCAGCCUACAGCCCCAGUAGCUAUUCAACCCAGACAUGGGUGCGCCAGCAGCAGAUGGUAAUCGCUCAUCAGUACGCCUACUCCCCAGACAACGAAGCAAGACUCGGUCUUCCCAGUGCAGUGGAGAAUUCGGGAAACCCACAGAGCCAAUCCAGAGUCCCAGAUACUCCUACUCGGGGCCACAGCAGUAGAGACGCUGUACAGAGAGGGCUGGGAAGCGUGCCUCCUUCCGGUGAGACAGCAGCACCCCCCAGCCCUGAAGUUUUUAAAUCAACAUUAGGCCCUGAGAAGCUCACCAAUGACAUCGACCUGCCGUUGAACACGGGAAACAGCCUAGGGGCCGUGCCGUCCUCCCCUACUCUGGAUAUCGAUCAGUCGAUUGAGCAGCUGAACAGGUUGAUUUUGGAGCUGGACCCAACGUUUGAGCCGAUCCCCACCCGCAUCAAUGCCGUCGGUAAACAUGCAGGUCAGCUGAACGGAUUUGCCAGCCCUGAAAUUGAUGUGGAAGGUCUCGGAAUGAGCCCUGGAUUCCAUGGGAAAGCAGAGGCUGCCAGCAGGAAUCUGCCCCAGCAGGGUGACCCAGGGGACUGCAUAUUAGGGGGACGAAGCAGGAAGUUGAGUUUUGGCCAGUAUGACAAUGACGUUCCAGCGCAACCAUUGUAUACAAAGUGUGGAUGGGGAAAGUCAGCUGCUGUUGACCAUCCUGAAAGUCCAGGACCUGUAGUCCCUGGAGAGGAGGCCAAAGAGGUGGGGGCUGCAUGCUACCACAAAAACCUGGACGAAGCAGACGGGGGUAUCUUCUCACCCACCAAGAAUGGGAAUGAAUCAGCCCCGGCGACUCCAGCAUUUCCAGUGUCGCCAGAGACUCCCUAUGUGAAAACUCCCCUGCAUUUCCAGCAACUAAAUCCAUCUGGCAAUCAGAGCUGCCUCUCGCCGGGGAUGUAUAGAACUACUCAUGAACCUCGAGGUUACCUGGAAGUCCUCAACCACUCCGUCGUGAUGUCGGACAGCCCCCUGGGCCCAAGCCCCGCCUUACUGCGGACUGACACGCAGGCAAAUCCUCCUUUUCAGAGGCCUUGUGGAGCCACCUGCGAUAUUUCGAACAGCAGCCCUGCCUUGAAAGGAGAGAGCCCUCCUGCAGAUGAACAAGGUUGGCAACAAAACAGUUCUAAGUCCUCUGUGAUGCCCCAGUUUUCAGGAACAAGCAACAGCCGGCCUGUGGGAAGUUAUUUCAUGACUCUGGAGCCUUCUGCCACUGUGCCAGAUGGCUCUCUUGUGUCCCAGUACCACCCCAAGGGAUUCCAAACUGGUCCGCCGAGCAGCCAGGAGAGUUCAUCAUCUGGGCUGCAGCAGGAAUCCGGAGCGAGUACCGGUGUCCGAGCCUUUCUGAAUUAUGGUGGGGCCACCACCGGCAAUGGCCAGCCGCUGGGGGAAAAGCAAGCUGUUUUGGGGGCAAUUGCGAAUGGAUCUCCCCAAACCGCGAGAUUACCGGUGGACAGUGGCUUUCUGCCAGACAGCUUCCUCACGUCAGCUUCUGGACACAGCAGCCAGAACAGUCCAAAUCAGCAAAAUAACGCAACAAACAUUCACCCGCAGCCCCCUCUUCCCGAGAAGAAGAGGGGUUCGGAGGGAGAACGUUCCUUCGGCUCGGUCUCUCCUUCUUCGAGUGGCUUCUCCAGCCCCCACAGUGGAAGCACCAUCAGCAUCCCGUUUCCAAACGUUCUUCCAGAUUUCUCUAAAGCUUUGAAUGCUUCUCCAUUGCCAGAAAAUGCAAGCGAUAAACAUGUGACCGUAAAAUUUGUUCAGGAUACAUCCAAGUUCUGGUACAAACCAGAGAUUUCAAGAGAGCAAGCCAUUGCCGUCCUGAAGGAGAAAGAGCCGGGGUCCUUCGUCGUCCGUGACAGCCACUCCUUCAAGGGAGCCUACGGUCUUGCCAUGAAGGUUGCCAUCCCCCCGCCUUCUGUCCUGCAGCUGAACAAGAAAGUUGGAGAUCUGUCCAAUGAGCUUGUCCGGCAUUUCCUGAUUGAGUGCACCCAUAAAGGAGUGAGGUUAAAAGGAUGCCCCAACGAGCCCUAUUUUGGGAGCUUGACUGCUUUGGUGUAUCAGCACUCCAUCACUCCUCUGGCCCUGCCCUGCAAGCUGCUCAUCCCAGACCGAGAUCCUCUAGAGGAGAUGUCUGAAACCUCCCCGCAGACCGCCGCGAACUCGGCCGCUGAGCUUCUGAAGCAGGGGGCAGCAUGCAAUGUUUGGUACCUGAAUUCUGUGGAAAUGGAGUCCCUCACAGGUUACCAAGCAGUGCAGAAGGCCUUGAGUUUGACGCUGGUACAAGAGCCCCCUCCCAUCUCGACUGUGGUCCAUUUCAAAGUGUCUGCGCAGGGCAUCACGCUGACGGACAAUCAGAGGAAGCUCUUCUUCAGAAGACACUAUCCAGUCAACACGGUGAUUUUCUGCGCUUUGGAUCCACAGGACAGGAAGUGGAUGAAGGAUGGUCCUUCCGCAAAGGUCUUUGGGUUUGUUGCGAGGAAACAAGGCAGCGGCACAGACAAUGUCUGCCACCUCUUUGCAGAGCAUGACCCCGAGCAGCCCGCCAGCGCCAUUGUAAACUUUGUAUCAAAGGUCAUGAUCGGUUCCCAGAAGAAGAACUAAAACUUCUUUCAUGAACU